CUUUGUGAGAGUAACUGUUAAUUUCUUCUUCCUGAUAACUAGCAGUUAAAAUACAAAGCUAUAGUUAUACUGAAUCUACCAAUUACAUCAAAAAUUCCUCAAAUAAAUAAAUAAAAAUAGGAGUUGGCAAUACUGUAUAAAAAAUAUAUGUACAUCAGCUGGUAAACCUUUCUGUUAUGUGUGCGAACUUGUAUUUAGAUUGGGAGUAAAUUUAAAGCAAAAAUAAAAAUAUGAGUCUACAAACGGAGGAAAUUGCAUUUGAUCCAAAGAAUCCACAUGACUUAGGCGAUCCUAACGACACAUCUUUGAGGAAAGUGGAAAAGGAAGUGCUUAUUCCCAGGAUUAUGCGUGAUCGAGCGAAGCAAAUUCACUGCAGUAAAGAAGUACAAGAAUUUGAAGCGUGUUGUAAGGCAAAUAGUAUAUUAAUGGUUGUAACAUGCCGAAAUGAAAAUUCCGCUCUUAAGUCCUGUUUGACCAAAUGGUAUAAAAAUGAUGACUUUAGAGAAGAAUGCACGAAAAUCUAUCUGGAAGAGCGAUCGGAUUACCGGCGUACUGGCAUUCCAAAAAAACAUCGUGUGCAAAAGAUGUAAUUUUCAUUGUUCAAUAUAAUUCAUUUUGUUAUCUUUUGGCUUUGUACAAAUGAAGUGCUGUUAAAUCGUCGAACUAUUGUUUCUGAUAUUUUAAGUGCAGCAAUAUCGGAAAGAGUAUUAUAAGUUAAAUCAUUCGGUUUCAUUACAUCCAGCAACAAAACAUCCUUAUCUGAAGUUUCGGCAAUCCGCUGAAGUCCUUUGAGAUCUUUGAUUGAGAUAUCUUUCGUAUCGGAUUUAGGAUGCACAAAAAUAAUGAAACUAGCAUGGUUAAAACGCGGCCCUUUUUUGUAAAUCACUACAAGAGAAAUAAAAUAAGCUUAAGAUGAUUAAAAUGAUUUACGUACUUA